CGGAGCCGAGUCUCGCGAGAAGCGGUGUUGGCGCGCUUGGCGGCGGCCGCUGUCUGGGUGAGGAAAAGAUGUUAGAGCAAGAAGAAAAUGGCUUGUUUGAAAUACCAGAUUAUGAACAUGUAGAAGAUGAAACUUUUCCUCCCUUCCCACCUCCGGCCUCGCCAGAGAGAGAUCCUGCAGACGCUGAACCUGAGGAAGGAUCAGGGAGUGGAGUACCUGUUCCGCCAAAGAGAACAGUUAAGAGGAAUCUACCUAAGCUAGAUGCUACGAGAUUGACUUCAGAGAGAGGGCUUCCAGCCUUAAGGCAUGUGUUUGAUAAGACGAAAUUCAAGGGGAAGGGUCAUGAGGCUGAAGACUUGAAAACGCUAAUCAGACACAUGGAGCACUGGGCACAUAGGCUAUUCCCCAAACUGCAAUUUGAAGACUUUAUUGACAGAGUUGAAAACCUAGGAAAUAAAAAGGAGGUUCAGACCUGUUUAAAACGAAUUCGACUUGAUCUGCCUAUUGUACAUGAAGAUUUUGUUAACAAUAAUGAUGAAGUUGAAGACGCUAAUAACCCAGAUGUAUCUGCUACUGGAUUUGAUCCCUUUUUGUCAAGUUCAUCUGACAGCAGGAAGUUUGCUUCUGAACCAACUAGAAGCCUAACAGAAGAGCAGCAACAGAGAAUUGAGAGAAAUAAACAGCUGGCCUUGGAAAGAAGGCAGGCAAAGCUACUGAGUAAUAGCCAGUCCCUAGAAAAUGAUGUGACAGUUGAAGAGAACAGUACUGGUGAGGAUCAAGAAGAGUCAGAUGGAUUAAACAUAGACACUGCUGAUGGUCCACAUGAUGUUCCUUUCGCCAGUACACAUGAAGAGGAACAGUUCAAAGCAGAGGAGACACAGCUGGACCAUACUAACCUAGACUAAUCUAGAAAUGCUGUAAGUAGCCAACUCUCUACAGCAGCAUCCUGCAAGCUUGGGGUUAUUUGUAGUGUUUUCUACUUUGUAUAAAUCCUUAAGUCUUAAGACUUAUGUGGAUUCCUGCUUAAAAUACAGGGACUUUUAAACUGUUUCCUACUUAUUUUAGUAAGUCUGUUUAUUAUUUUUGGUGUCCUGUAUAAGUCUGUCUUUAUAAGCUAUUUUGUAGUUUGCAUUGAAUUGUUUCUCGAUAAAUUGGGUAAUUUAAAAUGUAAAUAUGCACUGACUAUUAGGUCAGUUUUUAUAAAGAAAUAAAUUAUUUUGUAAGCAA